AUGGCUUUCUCAAAUAUCGAUCAUACACUAGUUGUCAAGUCAAGCAGUGAUGCUGUAAGUUUACAGCAAGACUUGGACAAACUGGCACUCUGGGAAAAUACAUGGAAAAUGGCUUUCCACACAAGUAAAUACAAAGUGUUGUCUACAAAGUCAGGGCGGAGGUCAGGCAGUGGUGUGAAAAAUACCAACCUGACAUCGGGCGGAAACGGGUCUAGCAUACUAAGUAAAGAGGAAGAAUAUAAGAGACUGAAUGCUGAACUGGAGGCCAAAACAGCCAACCUAGUUAAAGAAGCAGAGGAAGUACUGAGAGAGCAAGAUGCCGUGUUUUCUCAUCCCAGCCUACUUGAUAACAUCAACACAGAAGAAUUCCUGGGUGACUACGAUGAAGAGAUAGAUGACAGACCAUCACCCACGCCACAAUCCAGACCAGUUUCCAAACUGACCAAUCAGAAUCGUUCCUCAACUUCAGCAAGUCAAAACAGACCAAUUUCAGCCAAUCAGAGCAGACCUAAUUCAGGCUUAAAAAGUAGACCUCAAUCAAAAACAAAGAAAACUGGUUCUGCCAGAUCUCGGGGUCGGAGUGCUAAAUCCAAUGUGUCUGAUAAUGUCGCUGUACCUGAUGAAGCAUUUAUCACAGAGUGUAAAGAAUUCUCUAAACAGACAAUCCUCGAUACCAUCACAAAUAUAGAAGAACGACUGGACACAAGCGAGGAUGAUAAUGAGGAUGAUGAUAUCAUUCCACAGGCUGCAGCAGAUAUGGGUUCAGAGGCAACUAUACGGUUCCUGAAGGCCAAGUUACGAGUGAUGCAGGAGGAGCUAGACCGUCUGGCACAGGAAUGUAACAAGAAGGAUGAAGAAAACAACAGUAUCAGCAGUCGCAUCAAGGAACUAGAGGAUGAACGAGGCAGACUUCACCGAACAAACGCCUCACAGCAGACUCAAAUAGAUAAGUACAAGAGGAUGGCUGAGGAUGCUAAGACAAAAUCAGACAGUUCUGAAUCUCAGCUGGCGGCUCUCAGAAAGGAACUUGAACAAUUAAAGAGAAGUCAGAAGCAGCAAUCCUCGACCCAGUCUGCCACUGAAGUUCGGCUCAAUCGAGCUUUAGAGGAGAUCGAGAAACAGAAAGAGCAACUUUUAAGGUCGAAAUCUUCAUCUAAAGAAUCUUCAGAACAGGAAAAACACAGAGUAGACCAGUUAAUAUCAGUUAACAAGCGACUAGAGAAACAGAAAAAUGAACUCAUGGCUGGCUUUAAAAAACAACUUAAACUCAUUGAUAUUCUUAAAAGACAAAAGAUGCAUAUAGAAGCUGCAAAGAUGCUGUCAUUUUCUGAGGAGGAGUUUGUAAAGGCUUUAGAGUGGGGGAGUUAGUCCUGUAACUCAGGGGGCGUCGGGAGGAAUCAUAUUCAAACAUUACGAAAAAAAAUUAAAAUCGUUCAUAAAUAUGUAUAUGUAUGAUAAUUUAUACACCUCAACUAUUUGGUAAGUUGUUUGUGGAACUUUACAUGUUCAAGGAGCUAGGAAAGAUAUUGUUAAUAUGAGUUUUACUG